AACCCAAAAACCCAAAAGCAUCCCACCUCGAUCACCACAAUGGCCGACCUCACUGACUUCGAAAACCCGCUGGUGGUCGACAACGGGACCGGGUUCGUAAAAUGCGGCUUUGCUGGUUCAAAUUUCCCGUCGCACACAUUUCCAUCCUUAGUGGGGAGACCGAUUCUACGAGCAGAGGAGCGUUCGACUGGACUAGGUCAAACGGCGGUGACUUUGAAUGAGAUCAUGAUCGGAGACCAAGCCUCGGAACACAGAAACUAUCUGCAAGUCACUCAGCCCAUGGACCAUGGGAUCGUCAAGAACUGGGACGAUAUGAUCCUCUUAUGGGACUACACUUUCAACCAAAAGCUGAAAGUUAACACCCAGGGUAGGAAGAUCCUCCUCACCGAACCCCCAAUGAAUCCCGUUAAAAAUCGUCAGAAGAUGUGCGAGGUCAUGUUUGAAAACUAUCAAUUCGGCGGGGUUUAUGUCGCCAUACAGGCUGUCUUAACCUUGUAUGCUCAAGGGUUACAAUCUGGCGUGGUGGUGGAUUCAGGGGAUGGGGUAACUCACAUUGUUCCAGUCUACGAAGGAUUUUCACUCCCUCAUCUGACAAGAAGAUUAGACGUAGCCGGACGAGAUGUCACCAAAUAUUUGAUCAAAUUGCUCCUCAUGAGAGGCUAUGCCUUCAAUCGCACGGCCGACUUCGAAACUGUCAGACAAAUUAAGGAAAAACUCUGCUAUGUUUCGUACGAUUUGGAUCUAGAUAACAAGCUGUCAGAAGAAACAACAACCUUGGUCGAGAAUUACACCCUCCCCGAUGGACGAGUGAUCAAAGUCGGACAAGAACGGUUUGGAGCACCUGAAUGCAUGUUCCAACCACAUCUGGUUGACGUUGAAUCACCCGGAGUAGCUGAGCUCUUGUUUAAUACGAUCCAAACGGCAGCAGUCGACGUCCGCAGUGAAUUGUACAAACAUAUUGUACUUUCGGGUGGCUCAAGCAUGUAUCCAGGACUUCCCAGUCGACUCGAAAAAGAAAUGAAACAGUUGUACUUGACAAGGGUAUUGCAAAAUGAUCCUGAACGACUAAGUAAAUUCAAAAUCCGGAUCGAAGAUCCGCCUCGACGUAAACAUAUGGUCUUUAUGGGCGGCGCUGUGCUAGCUGAUAUAAUGAAAAACCGAGAUUCCUUCUGGGUGACUGCAGAAGAAUGGCAAGAACAAGGCCCAAGAGCCUUGGACAAACUUUCUCGAAAUGAAUGAGUUGUUUAAGGUUCUGAGUCCAAUUUGAUUUUGGUUUAUGCCAAUCUCUUGGUAAUUCAACCGAACAGCUGAUUUGGACAGUCCAUCUCUCCGUGUACCUAUUUUUCCCACCCCCAACUUCUAUUUAUGUUUUUUUUUCUGUCAUACAUAUCUUGUUGCUCGUGUUUCAUUUCUUUUUCCCACUCAUAAAAAAUCUUCAUCAAGUUUAAACUCUAUCUUUGAUCGAUGGUUUGGUUUCCAGAAGAAACUACUUAUCAGCGUUUGAAAGCACAUAUUGGAGAAUGUACACAUUCCAAACUUGUGCCUGAGGCAAAGUUUUUUGAGGGAAAAUCAUGGUCCCUUUUACAUCAAUAUUUCC